GUCGAGCUGUGGAUGAGGGGGCAGGACAGAAGUUUCUCUCCAACACGCCAAGAAUAUCAACCGAACCUUGAAGUUAUUAUUGAUUACUGUGGACGCAACCACGGCGGGCCGGGUUUAUUCUCUACGGGAUUAGACCCGUUAAGAAGUGAGUCUAGUGUGUGGUUCCCGCUAGCCUGGUGCUAGCCUGGCGCUAGCUGUGGUUCUGCGGUAUGUUGGGCUGCCUGGUGGCGGGCCGGCUCGUCCAGACCGACCCGCUCAGGGUCGCUGGGGAUAAGUUCGUGUUCAACCUAGCGGACUACGAGAGUGUGAACCAUGUGGUGGUGUUCCUGUUGGGUACGGAGCCCUUCCCGGCCGGAAUGGGGGGCGCCGUGUACUUCUCGUUCCCUGACCCGGCGGCUGGGGGACAGGUGUGGCAGCUGCUCGGCUUCAUCACCAACGAGAAGCCGAGCGCCAUCUUCAAGAUCUCCGGCCUGAAGGCGGGAGAGGCAGGAGGCGCGCACCCCUUCGGGACGAUGGGGGCCGCCUCCCCGGCCAUCUCCAUGGCCCAGGUCGGGGUGUCCGUGGAGUUGCUGGACCAGCUAGCCCAGCAGACCCCGGUGUCUGCCGCCACCGUGUCCACCGUGGACCCUUUCAUGCAGUUCACGCAGAAGAUGCUGGACAGUUUGUACAACUUUGCGUGUUCGUUCUCCGUCACCCAGGCCCAGAUGACCCCCAGCCCCAGCGAGACCUUCAUCCCGUCCAGCUGCAUCCUCCGCUGGUACGAGAACUUCCAGCGACGGCUGGCCCAGAACCCCACCUUCUGGAAGAGCUGAACGACCCCCAGCGCCCGGAGCAGGACGGGGUCGCCGACCCGCUCCUGGGGGAUCCUUGUUGCCAAAGCAGAGCCGCUGCAUGAUGAUGCCCCAACCAGACCCAAACAUAUUUAUUUAAAGGGUUUUAACUUUGCUAUCUAGUUGCUAAGCUCUUCACUCUCCGCAGCACAUAUUCGGCUCGGAUUUAAAUAAAAGUAUAUUAACAAGGUUCUAGUCCUUGAAUGCUUCUGAG